UGAAUGAUACCAUCGGGGAAAAUACAUCAUUCCUCUGGACACCAUACCGCUAUACCAUACUGUGUUGGUGCAUUUUGUCGAUUUUUCGACCGGUCGUUCUGCAAAAAGUCACAAAGAUCAGAUUUGAACCAGCAGUUAUACAUAGCCAGUCAGCACCAUGCCAACUAUUGAGGAAGUCAGUGAUGAUGAGGCACAGGGGAGUCAGGGUACCACUCAGUCAGGGACCAGCAGCAGCAGCAACCAAUCAGAGAAUGGCGAUCAGGGUGGGGGGUUCGCUGCAGUUGGAAAUUAUCUUGCCAAUAACAAGCUAGAUUUCUGCCUGUGGAUGUCUCGGAUGGUUACAGUAAUCUGCAGCUUGUUCUAUCUUGUACCAAUCUACGGUCCUCAGUCAGCCUAUGGUUUCUACCAGCGGGCCAUCAUCUGUAACGGUCUAACCAGCGCGUUGAGGCUCCAGCAACGUCUACCCACAUUUCAGUUCAACAGGGUCUACCUGUCGCUCCUGCUUCUUGAAGACAGCUGCCAUAAUCUCUUCUUCUCUCUCAUCUUUGUCAACAGCCACCCUAUCACACUGGCGUUGGCACCCCCAUUCCUAUUCGCUCUGUUACACGCAUCCAACUUCAUCAAGAAACUCCUCAACAUAAUUGGUCCUAACUCCGUGUACCUGGUGCGUAAGAUGGUGGAUAACCUUAUCACUAGACAGAGCCAGAUACUACGCUUCAUUGCCCUGGACGAGAUCAUCCUAAUGCCCUUCCUUAUAUUCAUGGUCUUCACGGGGCGAGUGAGUUUCUUGGUACCCUUCAUGUACUUCAGAUUCUUGACGUUUCGCUAUGCAUCACGGAGGAACCCCUAUUGCAAGCAAAUAUUUCACGAGCUGCGCAUCGUGACAGAGAACUACUGCAGCAAGCCCAACACGCCUGCUUUUCUUCGUAACUUCCUGACUAAAUGCAUCGGAAUGAUCUCGCGAUUUGCUCCUCCCAUUCAGCAACAGUAAUCAGCACAUGCGUACAUGUAUGUCAUGCUCCUCUGUCACGUAGAGGUGAAAUAGCUGGAGUUGUGCUGAACCAAAUACAGUUAACCAAUCUUAAACUUCAAAAUUGGAUUAAAUGUAUUAUGUGCACUGUUAAGGUGUAGCUGUUCAGGGUGAGUAAAAAAAAAA